CCAUUCAGCGCUGAGAAAGAGUGAAUGGGGAGUUUGAAGCAAUGCGGUGAAUCCUUAAUCAACAUCUUUCCUUGAGAGGCCAUAUCUUCUAAUUUCUUUGUUUUAUGUGCUUGUAGCCCGAGAUUUUCCAAUCGAUUGCCUUCCGUUCUUGAUUCUAUCUUUCCACAAAUCUUCUAAAACUCAGAUUAAGGAACGUCUCUUGAGAAAGUUUCCAACAACGGUCAAAAAAGAAAACCCGCAGUCAUUAUGUUUCUUUCAUGGUGGAUCACUUUCCCUUUGCUUUUUGGAUGUGCAAUUGGCCAAAUCAAUAUUGAAACCUUGGUUCCAGAAACCUUGGUAACCUUAUCAGCAUCAGAUGACACUCCAACUACAACCGCAAUACAGACUUUGGUUCCCUUACUGGUCGAUACUUCUACAGCACCUAGUUUUCCAUCUACAACAGAGCCCCCAUUUCCGUCUUCUUUGACUCAAACAUUACGUAGUCUUAGUGGAAAUGAUUCUCAAGCUACUUCAACCACUUCUAGCCCAAACAAAAUCCAAACUUCCGUCCCAUCCUUGAGUACUCAAGCCUCUCCAAAAGAAACCGGAUUCGGCACGCCAGAGCAAUUCAGGAUCCAGAUUCUCAACGCCCAGAAUUGGUAUAGAGCUACACAUGGUGCAUUACCUCUUGUUUGGAAUUAUACUCUGGCUAAUUCCAGUUCGGACUGGGUCGCAGGAUGUGUAUGGGAUCUCGAGUCAACUCCUGGUAUAGGAAAAUCAUUUGUAUCUGUUAUACCCACCAGCGUCUUCGGAAUCGUUAACUCCUUGGGAUUGGAACGCCAGUUUUAUCAUUGGUCGGAACCAGGAAUGACGAAUUCUACAAAACAGUUUACGCAGAUGGUGUGGAAGAGCACGACGUCUGUGGGGUGUGCUUGGAAUAACUGUCCACCCGGUUCAUCACCAGACCCGGCUACACCUGGAGUUUCCCUAUUUCUCCUGUGUCAAUACUAUCCCUAAGGCAACCAAGGAACUCCCGGAGACUGGAAGAAUAAUGUAGGAGAGCUAGAGGCUGGGAGUUUAGGAGAAGGUGUCGUUGCUGCUGAUGGUUUUGGACUUAGUAGUUCAACUACUACAUCUACUACCUUCAGCGGAAGAAGUGGAAAUAGCGCAACAAGUACAACAAGCACUCAUUCCACAGCAGCCACUGGAAAAGAUGUUCAAAGUCGGGCGGAUAGGCUAGAUCAGGGUCUGGUUGCCGUGGUUAUCACCUCGGCUUUUGCUAUUGGUUUGGCUGCCUGUUGUCCUUUCAUUUUAGUGCCUCUGUUCUUUUCUGUUUGGUUCGCAAAUACAUAG